AUGAUUUUGGCUUCACAGUUGCCCUCGGAUGAACUGAAGAAGGUGCUUUGGGAUUCAUUGAGUCAGAAUCAAAAAGAAAAUUGGUCCCAAAUGUUUAUGAACGUCAAGAAACGUGGGGAAUGGCUGAUUGCUCAGAACUUUGCUCGACGAGCUCCGAGCAAAAACCAGAGGGAUAGAGAGAGCCGUAAGAGGAAGAGGGACGCUGGAAAUUGA